AUGAAGAGUCCAACUACGGAUCCAGAGACUCACUCUCAUGAUCAAAAGCCCAUAUUACACAACCAGAUAAGAGGGUACAUCCAUACCAUAGACAAUGCCCAUAGUCAUAUUCAUGGCCAUGUUCAUCAACAUAUUCACCAUCCAAAUGGCCCCAUUGUUAGUGAACGAAUUCAACCGAUUUUAGACCCUGUCCACAAUGACAAAUCCCGCUCUCAUAUAUACCCCGGGAAUCUGUGUCCAACGGAUAGCGCAAAGCAUCAAGACGAAGAAAUACUACCUAUUAGUAAUAGUGCGUUGCUGCAUUUAAUGAGUAAGACGAAAUCUGAGAGUUCUGGCUCUGCUUCAGUAUGGAAUCUGCUUGACCCAAAAGCUGAUUUUGACAGUUGUGACAAGUGUGAUCCACUGAAGGACAUCAGUUGCCCCGAUCCGUUUGUUUGUGCUGAUAAAGGAUGUUCAAUAGGCCAGAACACAUUAGAGUUUCAAAGUACCAACUCUGAUGCCUUUUUGAGAUGCUGUUUCGAUUCUUCGCAUAAUGAGGAUGAGAAUCCCUAUAAUGGCGAUAGUGACUACAACGGAGCAGUCACUAGUCAUGCUGCGCUUUGCGACCUCUCCGCUUUUUCGACAUGCAAUGACAUUGAAGGGUUUUGGAAAAAUGAAAAUCCGGCUUUGCUGAAUAGUAAUUCCGUUGAUAGCUCCUCUCAAAUACCGUGCCCGAAAUAUUCAGACUGUGAUUUGAUACAGCCGUCAAAUAAUUACGAGUCCAGUCCUCACGAUAGUACUGGUACAGUGUCACUUUCAAGUAACACGCCAGUGUCAGCAUGCUCUACCGGUUGCGUCACAUUGGACAAAAAUGUGUAUCCAGAUAUGAGUUUCAUGGUCAACUCUAGCAAGAUCAGUGACCUGAGGGAAAAAAGACCUCAUGUUGAAUCAAGAGAUUUUUCUUUUAAGAUGCAACAACAGAAACGAGUUAAAGUGGAACAAGAUGGAACCAAGCCCGUGUAUUGGAAUGAUAUGGAUCAUCUUAACCCUGUCAACAAACAAAAUCACCACCAUCAUCUUCACCAGUUUCAAGAAUUCUGCGUUGAUUGGGCUAAAUAUGGCUGUGGAUGUCCUUACAACUUAGAGAAUCAGAGUAAACAAGAUAAAAAAAUGCAUUUGCACUAUCCACCACACCAGCACGGCUGCAAUCAUUAUGAUACCCAGUUCCCUACUUCUGGAGAUCCAAGUGAAGUUCAAAAUCAGAGCGUCUCGGAUUCUCUCGUUUGCCAAUGGUCAGACUGUAAAGUGGAUGCUUUCAAAGAUGAUGUACAUUUGCAGAACCAUGUCUUUUCGUCCCAUCUUUUACCUUGGGUUAAGGACCGAGGAGUUGAUCCGAGUGAGAUAAACUUGGAUACAUUGACGAUUGAAAAUUUUCAAAACAUGGAUAACUUUGCCUGCAAAUGGAAAGACUGUGAUUUCAAUAGCUCCGAUUUAGAGUCCUUAUUGAAUCACAUUCCCAAGAAUCAUUUUUCAGAACAAACAAAGAUUGUGGAAGAACCGGUGCCCAAGCAAGAAACCAUCGAUGCAUUGCCCGAUAUCGAAGAAAACGUAUGCCAGUGGGAAAUGGAAAACAACCAAAUUUGUAAUCUCAAAUUUUCUAACACAACAGAUCUUACUGACCAUAUCACGGAAGACCAUGUCGGUUCCAGAAAAUCAAAGUACGUUUGCAAUUGGAAGGGGUGUACUCGCAAUCAUAAGGAGUUCACUCAAAGGCAAAAAGUUUUGAGACACCUCCCUGUUCAUACAAAACAUAAACCGUACAAAUGUGAUAUAUGUGGUAAGGCAUUUUCAAUUGACCUAAUGUUGGAGCAACAUAUUCGAACUCACACGGGAGAAAAACCCUUCAAGUGUUCUAAAUGCGGGAAGACCUUCAAGACUAGCUCUUCAUUAUCCAUUCAUUUGAGAAUUCAUACCGGCGAACGGCCAUUGGUAUGCAAAUAUCCAGGGUGUGGAAAGACCUUCAACGAAUCCUCUAAUUUGACAAAGCAUCAUAGGACGCAUCAGAAAGAAUUUAAAUGUAGCUUCUGCUGUAAAACCUUCAACCAAUUAAAACAACUUGAAUCACAUGAGAGGCUGUACCAUGGAGAUCAAACCAGAUUUGAUUGUGAUUGUUGUGACGAACAUAGAAACAAGACACUCAUGUCAUCGACUAGGAAGAACUUCCCGAUAACAUCAGGAACCACCAAUGAGAUGGCAUUCACAUGA